AUGGUUUCAAUCAAGUCUCCGUGCCUGGAUCUGGCUGAUCUGCCGGUGUCUCCCGGCCAGGCUCUGUUCGCCGUCUGCUGUCUGAGCGCGGCCGCCCUGCUCUUCCUGCUGGUCCGGCAGCUCGUGAAGCAGAGGAGACCCCCGGGGUUCCCUCCGGGUCCGUCCCCCAUCCCGGUGAUAGGGAACAUCUUCUCUCUGGCCACCGAGCCGCACGUCUUCCUCAAGAAGCAGAGCGAAGUUCACGGACAGAUUUUCAGUCUUGACCUGGGAGGCAUCAUGACGGUGGUGUUAAACGGCUAUGACUGUGUCAGGGAAUGUCUUUAUCACCAAAGCGAGGUGUUUGCCGAUCGGCCGUCACUGCCUUUAUUCAAGAAAAUGACCAAAAUGGGCGGGCUCCUCAACAGUAAAUAUGGGAAAGGCUGGGUUGAACACCGUAAGCUGGCCUCCAAUUAUUUCCGUUACUUCGGCAGCAGCCAGAGACUGUUUGAGAGAAAGAUCUCGGAGGAGUGCAUGUUCUUUGUUGAUGCUAUUGACGAACACAAGGGGAAACCUUUCAACCCCAAACACCUUGUGACCAAUGCGGUGUCCAAUAUCACCAAUCUGAUAAUAUUCGGACAGCGCUUCACAUAUGACGACAGCAAUUUCAAGCACAUGAUUGAGAUAUUCAGCGAGAACGUGGAGCUCGCGGUGAGCGGCUGGGCCCUCCUCUACAACGCCUUCCCUUGGAUCGAAUACAUGCCUUUUGGGAAACACCAGAAGUUGUUCCGCAAUGCUGCCGAGGUGUACGACUUCUUACUGGAGGUGAUAGAAGGCUUCUCCAAGGGCAGAGUGCCCCAAGUGCCCCGCCACUACGUCGACGCCUACCUGGAUGAGUUGGAGCAAAGCGCCGGAGAUCCCACAUCUUCAUAUUCUUAUGAAAAUCUCAUCUAUUCGGUGGGUGAGCUCAUUAUCGCCGGUACAGAGACCACGACAAACACCCUGCGCUGGGCCAUGCUGUACAUGGCGAUGUACCCCAACAUACAAGAGAGGGUGCACAGGGAGAUCGACAGCGUGCUGACCAAUGGACAGGCGCCCUCGCUGGUGGACAAACACAGGAUGCCCUACGUGGAAGCCGUCCUGCACGAAGUGCUCCGCUUCUGCAACAUCGUGCCACUCGGCAUUUUCCGCGCCACCUCGCAGGAAGCAAAAGUGAACGGGUACACGAUUCCCAAAGGCACCAUGGUGAUCACAAACCUGUACUCUGUACACUUUGACGAGAAGUACUGGAGCGACCCCGGCGUGUUCCUGCCAGAGAGGUUUCUGGACGGCUGCGGCAACUUUGUGAGGCGUGAGGCCUUCCUUCCAUUCUCUCUGGGGAGGCGUCACUGCCUGGGAGAACAGCUGGCCAGAAUGGAGAUGUUUCUCUUUUUCACCACUCUGCUGCAGAGGUUUCAUCUCCAGUUUCCUCCAGGAACCGUCCCGACCGUCACUCCCAAACUGGGCAUGACCCUCCAGCCCAAACCGUACUCCAUCUGCGCCGUCCGCAGGCAGCAGAACUCUCUCUUCGUAGACACUCCUUAUCACAAGUAGGCAUGUGAGCGUUUUCUUACAGCUUGUUUUUUUGUCGCUCGAGCCCGAGCUGAACUACUUUUGCACAGCAAUGCAACCGCACGGCACAAGACUGCAUCACCCUGGACGGCGGCGCCCGGCGUCGGCGCGUUCCAGUCGUUCCAAAGGUGCCUCUCUGCAUUUAACAUGUGAAUCAGUUUUUUUUCUAUUUUUAUUGAACUAACUGAGCAAUAUCCAUGUUAGCACAAGAGUUUCAGACAACAGGGGGAGGCCACAAGUGCUGAAAGGCCACCCUGGAAGCACAAGUGUGAUAUUGAUUCCUCUGAGCUGCGAGCCCAGAAAAUGAAAAGUCUAUGAACCCCGGUGCGGCGGCGAUG